UCCUCCCCUCCUCUAUCCUCCUUUCUCCUCUCCUCUCCCAUCAAGCAGAGGAGGAGGAUCUAUCCAACAGGCCCAGCCCCCUGCGCUCUGACUCGUCCACACUGUGUGACAGGGGAAGGCUGGGCUGUCCCAAGCAUUAUCUAAACACUCUCUCACACACACACAGGCUCUGACACACACACACACACAUAUAGAGACACACACACACAGUAACUGCCUGUGCCAGAGUCCGCCUGCAUGCACGCUCAGCUCAAGCCCUCUUAAAGCUGUUUUUCUGCUGGAGAUCAGUGAGAGCUAACGACACACAGCUGCCUCUGCUGAAGACAGAAGAAGGACAAGAGGAGGGGAAAAGAGGAGGAGGAGAAGGGAGGAGAGGACAAGCACAGAGGAAAACAAAACCACCAGCAGCCUCUCUUAACUUCUGUCUCUGUGUCUCCGGCGGUCCAACGCAGUCAUUCUUCAGCGGGGAGUGUUUGCUGCUGUAGUUUAGGAGUUGUUUUUUUUUUUUUUUUGUGAGAGGGGGUGGAAAAAAAAGAAGAAGAGAGAAGAGAGGUUGGAGUUCACAUGACAUAAUCGGAGUGAAUGGGUUGCCAUGGUGACUCACCCAGGGAGCCUGACCCGUGCAGAGUGAAUGGAGGGAGCGCCUUGGACACCAAGUGAACGAUAAACUAACGGAGGGGAGUCACCAGAGAGAAAGAGAGAGAGAGAGAGAGAGAGGGAGAGAGAGAGAGAGAAAGAGAGGAGAGCAAAGGAGUGGUGGAUAACAGAGGGAGCAGAGGAGCAGAGCACCGAGGGCUGAGAAUGGAGGACGGGUUUUCCAGCUACAGCAGCUUGUAUGACACCUCAUCACUGCUACAGUUCUGCAACGAUGACAGUGCGUCAGCAGCUAGCAGUAUGGAGGUGACCGACCGCAUUGCCUCCCUGGAGCAAAGGGUCCAGAUGCAGGAGGAUGAGAUUCAGCUGCUGAAGUCCGCUCUGGCUGACGUGGUGCGCAGACUCAACCUGUCUGAGGAGCAGCAGGCCAUGGGGUCACGUAGAGGACCCACCAAAGACCCUGCUUUGAUGAGAAAGUCUCCCUCAGCAGACAGCAAAAUUGGGAAGCCAGCCAGGCCAAUGAUCGCCACUCUGCCGUUACGGCCCACGGUAAACAACGGGACCAUCCUACCAAAGAAAGGCACCAGCACUCUGCCCUCCCCAUCUGGAUCUGGAUCCAGGAAGGACACCAGCACAGCAGCCAACAAGAGCACUGUGAGGAGAGCCAACUCAAACGAACACGUGGGAACUCUCACGCGGAAAGAUUCAGGCGACUCCAAAGGCAACCGGACUCGCGCCGGAUCCACCGGCAGCAACUCCAGUGGCAAAAGAAGCGACAGCAAACAGAGGGAUCCAGUGUUCAAUGCAGGGAUGCGACGUGUGACCCACUGCAAAGAGGAAGGUUAUGUGAAAAUGUAUUUGAAGGGUCGUCCCAUCACCAUGUUCAUGCCCAAAGACCAGGUGGACAGCUACUGCCUGGAGGCCAGAGUCGACCUGCCCAGCAACAAACUCAAAUUGGACUGGGUCUACGGUUACCGUGGCCGAGACUGUCGCUCCAACCUUUACUUGUUGCCCACUGGAGAAACGGUGUAUUUCAUUGCCUCGGUGGUCGUCUUGUUCAACGUGGACGAGCGGCUGCAGAGACACUACACUGGACACACAGAUGACAUCAAAUGCCUGGCCGUCCACCCCGAUAAAAUCACCAUAGCAACAGGGCAGGUGGCAGGCACCUCUUCAGAUGGAAAACAGCUGGCUCCUCAUGUUCGUGUGUGGGACUCUGUCAGCCUCAACACCCUCCAUGUUCUGGGUGUAGGUUUCUUUGACCGAGCCUUGGUCUGCCUGGCUUUCUCCAAGUCGAAUGGAGGAAACACGCUGUGUGUUGUAGACGACUCCAAUGACCACGUCCUCUCCGUCUGGGACUGGCAGCGAGAAGACAGACUGGCCGAGGUCAAGUGCUCCAACGAGUCCGUGUUUGCGGCAGACUUUCACCCGACAGACAGCAACAUCGUAGUGACCUGUGGCAAGUCCCAUCUCUAUUUCUGGAACCUGGAGAAAGGCAUGCUGGUGAAGAAACAAGGACUGUUUGAGAAACAGGAAAAGCCCAAGUUUGUGUUGUGUGUGACCUUUGCAGAAAAUGGAGACACCAUCACUGGAGACUCAAGUGGGAACAUCCUGGUGUGGGGAAAAGGCACUAAUCGCAUCAGCCACGUCAUCCAAGGAGCCCACGAGGGCAGCAUCUUUGCUCUGUGCAUGCUGAGGAAUGGCACGCUGGUGUCUGGAGGUAAAGACCGCAGGCUCGUCUCUUGGGACAGCAGCUACCAACAGAUACAAACGGUGGAGGUGCCUGAGCCAUACGGUCCCAUCCGGACUGUUGCAGAGGGCAGAGGGGAAACUGUGCUCAUUGGGACCACCAAGAACUUUGUUUUGCAGGGCAGUUUGGACGGAGAAUUCAUGUCUAUUACACAGGGUCAUACUGAUGAGUUGUGGGGUCUGGCUGUCCAUCCCUGGAAGCCUCACUUCCUCACCUGCGGUUAUGACAGGCAGGUGUGCUUGUGGGACUCCAGUUGCCAUCAGCUCAUCUGGAGCAAGAGCAUGGAAGACACUGCCCAAUCAGCAGGCUUCCACCCGUCUGGAGCUGUGGUUGCCAUAGGAACCCAGAAUGGCAGGUGGUUGGUGCUGGACACGGACUCUAAGGAUUUAGUCACAGUGCACACAGAUGGGAAUGAGCAGCUGUCUGUUGUGAGCUACGGGCCAGAUGGUAACUUCCUGGCCAUUGGUUCCCACGACAACUAUAUCUACAUCUACGCUGUGGCAGAAAAUGGGAGGAAGUACAGUCGAGUGGGGAAGUGCUCGGGUCACUCUAGUUUUAUCACCCACCUGGACUGGUCAGUGGACUCUCAAUACCUGGUAUCAAAUUCAGGAGACUAUGAGAUACUGUACUGGAUCCCAUCAGUGUGUAAGCAGGUGGUCAGUGUGGAGACCACCAGAGAUAUCGAGUGGGCCACCCACACCUGCACUCUGGGCUUCCAGGUCUUUGGCUUGUGGCCCGACGGCUCAGACGGCACCGACAUCAACGCCGUAUGCAGGUCCAACGAUAAGAGCCUCUUGGUCACUGGAGACGACUUUGGGAAGGUCCACCUCUUCACAUACCCCUGCUCACAGUUCAGGGCUCCUAGCCAUUUUUACGGUGGCCACAGCAGUCACGUGACCAAUGUGACUUUCCUACACAACGACAGCUACCUGGUGUCAACAGGAGGGAAGGACAUGAGCGUGAUGCAGUGGAGGAUAGUCUGAGCGAGAAGUUGAAAACAGAAACUGUCGACUUCUUACUGCUGCUGGCGCCUGACACCCAGCUGAACUGAACUGCACUAAACUGAACUGAACCAAACUCAGACGCUUAAAAAAAAAAACGUGGAUCUGAUUGAACUGAAAAGUGAAUUGACAGAAGAGGAACCUGCGGGUUUCCUUCCUGAUCUGCUCUCAGAUCCCAAAUGAGAUGAACUGUUGGAGGUGUAAUGUGCGGUUGCUUGAAAUACAAAAAAAUCCUGAAUAUUUCUCCUUUUUUUUUUUCCAUUCACACUACAUGUAAAGAAAAAAAUCUCUUCUCUCUCUCACGUUUGUACUGUAGCCUACUCACCAAUGACACAAGACAAAACAAAUCAAAACGGAUCCAAUCCAACAAAACAGAACCAAAGGCUGCAUUUGUCCAGUUUGGCUUUCACUGUUCUUGUAUUGUGCACACUCCUGCCACAGAUAAUGGACUGAAGAGGGUUUUCUGUUGUUUUCCAGCCGCUCCAGACUGAAUAUCAUCAAGCUGGAGAUCCAAGCGCAAUGGAACAAAAACUGUGUAUGGAAAGAAAGAACAUAGUGAUUUUCUAAUUGUUAAACUUUCUUUUAUAUUGUAUUUAACAACUCAGGAAAGCACUAGUGAAGCAGGAUCCUUCCCUGUUGUUAACAUUGACAUAUCAGAAGAACAAGCCUCUGGCUGCCCUUAAACACAUCUCGCUAAAACACGGUUAAUAUCAGAUUCAACUGUUAUUCCACCAUUAUUGAUUUAUGUGCACUGACUAACUGUGUAUGAAAACUACUAUCAAGUCAGGACAGAUGCUGAAUUAGGAGGAUAUUAAUAAAUUACGGAGAAUAGAAUUGAUCAACAGGAUACACACAGGUACUGCAUUGUUUAUCCCUGUCAGAUGUGAUGUCAAGAAGCUACAAUAUUUUUGGGAAAUUAUUUAGGGCAAUGAAAAAUUACAUUCUGAAAUAGGAUAUGAACAAUUUUCCACAACAUUAUCUCAACAUGUUCCAAGUGUUUGUGCUUCCAGGUCUUAAAAAAGACACAUUUUCUAUUAUUAUUUAUUGAUCAUGAGUCAAAUCUUUUAUCACCAAUUUCAGUUCCUUUGAGGUUUUUUUUUUUUUUUUUCUAUAGUAAAUCCCUGUUUAGUUCCUGAUGUGUAAAUAUACUGAGAGGCUUGAAACAGAGAAAAUUUGGGUGAAAUUACAGUAUUUGAAACCAUUUCAGAUUUUUGGGAUGAGUUGAACUGAGCUUAUUUUAUCUUGCUUUUAUCAAAAUCAAGCAUGUAUUUAGUUUUUGUUUUUUGUUUUUUUUUCACCGAUGUGAAGCAUUUUCAAAUCUGUAUCUGACCGAAGUUUAUUGCACCCAGAUCAGUUUAGGAAGAGGAAGGAUGAGACCAUAACACUGUAACUGUUUACGUCUGAUGUGCUCCUCCGUUGAGCACCAUCAGUCACUGGCAGGAUAUUUAACUGAACUUCUUGAGGUGUUUUUUUCUUUCCUAUAAUACACUGCUUCCGCCUGAUAAACAUACAGCAGGUCUAUUUACAGAAGAGCAAGCAAAUCACCAUUUAGCACUUACUUUACUGGAGCUUUUCACACAAAUUAAUGAUGUCUGCUUUCAACUUUCCAAGCUGUGUACCAUCCAGUCGCAUCUACUGUACGGCACAUAGCAUGUCACAUUCCUUAGUUUACAGUUAACAGCAAGACAAGACGACACACGUGCAUGAAUAAAAAAAGAUUUCUUUGAUUGGGUUAAAGCAGAUUUUAGUAUGAUGGUUUGAAAUCCUGAAGGUUGUCUGUUUUGUUAUCAGAGAAACCAGUGAAAUCUUCUAACAGCAGUGAUAUUAAGUCACCACUCAACAGAGUGAAUGUAAAAUGAUUUGUCUUAUCACUUAACACUCGGGCUGCAGAAUACCAUUGAACACUUAACAUUUGUCUGGAAGUAAAUGCAACAUGAAAUUC